CAGGGAUUCUGGAAUUUGCUCGGAAAGAGUUGUUCCUUAAAUAUUGCAACAAAUCACUGUCUUUAAUUUCUUCUCUCAAACCUUGUGAAUGUUCAAGAUUUUUACAGUUAACAUGUCAACAAACUUCAAGCCGCCAUCAAUCUCUAUAUAAUAUAACAUACAAGUCUAACAAAUACAAUUACUGCAUGCACAAUAUGGAGCAUAAGAACUGCAGUCUUUCCUUGGUGUUUUUAGCUGCCAUGCUUGGUGUUUAUUGCAGGAUUGACUUUGUGAAAGCAUCUAUAGUAACAACAGAAAAAAGUUUUACUCCAGAAUUAGCAUAUUCAAAACAUGGAUUCAGAAAAGGGAUGAUGAGUAGAGUCAUCCAAGAUACAUCUAGCCGCAGGAGAAGAUCUAUCCAGGAGCUAGGUGAUACUGGACAGGGAGAUGUAUGUGCAGACAUUAUAGGGCCACAAUGGAAUAUGUCCAAGAAACUAAAAAGUCCAUGUCCAACAUUAGUAGUAUGGGUGCCAAAGAAAGAUGGCUUCACUGAGUUUGUAAAAGUGAAUGAGAAAUCAAAAGUUGAAGAGCACAUUGAAGGCAAGACUUGUGAAGCUGUCGCAGGUGAUAUAACCAUUCGAGACCUUUUACAUGGCGACUCUGGAUCACAAUAG